UUACGUCCAGUACACGACAGUUUCGUGCCCAGUUAAGACGAUCCGACAUUCGGAAACGCGAAAACGGUGAGGGAGCGAUAAUGACGGACGUCGAGACCGUCGAAUUCGGCUGCUCUGCAUCAUGACGCGCGAGGCUGUCGGGACCUGGCUCGUCGCCCUCGUCCUCGACGCGGUCGCGCUCGUCGGUGUCUCGGGAUGGUGCCCGUCGUUGUGCGUAUGCGGUACCUGGUACGAUUUGCAGCACGCCUCGUGCACCGGACGCCAUCUUUAUAGCAUUCACACAGGUGCGCCGAGCGUAGUGCAAGCCCUGGACCUGUCGAAUAACUCGAUAUCCAUUUUAAAUAAUUACGAACUGGCUGAGGCAGGGCUGACGAGGCUUAAAUAUCUCAAUCUGUCUAUAAAUGCAAUUGGCGAAAUUGGUUUAAACGCUUUUAGUGGAUUAUCCGAAUUGACGGUUUUGGAUCUAUCCCGAAAUCACCUUUACUAUCUCUUGGCGGAUGUCUUCAUGCCAGCGACGAGUUUGCGAAUUCUACGAUUGUCAAAAAAUAAUUUCAAUUCUCAUGUACCGAAAUUGGAAUGCCCCUGGCUCACGGAAUUGGCUCUGGACUCGUGUCGAAUUAGCCAUGUACCGGUGGACAUGUUCAUUGGACUCUCGCACCUUCGUACCCUUGAUCUUUCAAAUAACUUGAUGAUUCAGUUGGACACCGUCGCUCUGGAAUCAUUACAAUUUUUAAGAAGAUUAUCUAUAGAGGGAAAUCCCUGGUCCUGUGAUAAGCUUACGCAUGACUUGCAGACGUAUUUGACCCGCAGAAGUAUACAAUAUCAUGCAGUAUGCGAAAAAAGUGCGGAGCCGAAGAAGUUUGAAAAAAUGAUUCUCUACAAUCCACGAAUUAAGUAUGAGAAGCGUCGACCGAUAAUAACCUCGAACUCGAUCAUCAAGAGAAACACGACAAAGUAUCCUACAACAUCAAUACCGGCACAUGAAAAAAAUACAGUUGCUCGUGUCAACGCGAGAGACGUGACGAACUUUGCGAAAGCAUUGAACUCCAUGUCGCCGUACUGGUUCCUCGCGAUCGGAUUUCUGCUCGGUAUCGCGUGCGGCAUGCUUAGUUGUUACGUUUGGCUCACAAGGAAGAUAUCUUGUUGUCGCGGAUGCCGCCGACAAACCGAUAACGACGCUCAAAGAGUUUCGCUGCUGCAGAAUCUGUGGCAAUUUGAGGAUUCUGCCCCAAAUGAUAACGCGAUAUCUUGCCCUGAUACUCCACCGCCGCCGUAUCGCGAAGUCAUGCUGCGACCGGGACUUUAUCGUAACAUAUCGGCAUUACAACAAAUUUAAAUAAUAACGUUGCCAUAAAUAAUACGAGAUACAUAUAAGGUUCCAAAGGUAAGGGUAAUUACUAUUGUUGUUAUACGAUUGACUCGUCGCUUUGAAAGUUAGUGCACGGAUAAGCAUGCUGCAUAUGUUGAUAAGACCGCAAAGAGAUAUUAAUGUUUUGCGAAAAGUAUGAUAGACAGUGUGAUAUUGACUUUAUUUUAUAAAUUAUGGAUUUAUAAUAAAACUACUUUGCACAGAGAAAA